AUGGCUGCUCUAUCCUCGUCACGUCAAACGACUAAAAGACCAAUUUUAAUGGAUGAAUUAACUCCGCCAUCGACACCACAACAAGAACGCGAACAAAUGUUUUCGUCUUCGCCUCAACUCAAAGUUCAACUAAUGCAUAAGAAUGCUCAAAUGCCUCGUCGUGGAAGUGGCGGUGCGGCUGGUUACGAUCUAUACAGUGCUGAAGACACAGUAAUUAGUGCGCGAGGAAAAGCAUUGAUUUCAACAGGAUUAGCAAUUCAAGUACCCUAUGAUGCUUAUGGUCGUAUUGCACCUAGAAGCUCACUUGCUUCGAAAAACUCUAUUGAUUGUGGUGCUGGUGUAAUUGAUGCUGAUUAUCGAGGCGAAGUCAAGAUUCUCUUAUUUAACUUUGGGGACUCGGAUUUCCCAGUUAAAACAGGAGACCGUAUUGCCCAACUAAUAAUAGAACGUAUAUAUACCCCGGAAAUAGUUAAGGUGGACGAAUUGGACAAUUCACCACGAGGAGAUAAAGGGUUUGGUUCAACUGGCUUACGAUAA